AUGUCCAAUCCGCCAGACUGCUGCGUGACGCACACGGCCGGCCGCCAGGCGGCGGCGCUGGCGGCAGUGGCGGGCUACUGCCGGCAGCGCACCCUGGCCGAGCUGGAAGCUGAGCUGGCGGCGGCGGCGCACCCGGCGGCGGCGGCGGACCCGGCGGCGGCGCCUGCGGCGGCGGAUUCGGCGGCUGCAGCAGCAGCGCGAGAAGCGGGCGCAGUCGGAAAGCCCUUGUAA